AUGUUCAUUUCGUGUACAAAAGCAUUGAUCAAUGAAAAAAAUCACGGUGUAUUGAUCGGUGGAAUCACAUUGGUUACCGAGAUGUGUGAGCGUAGUCCCGAUGUUCUGAAUCAUUUCAAGAAGAUGGUGCCUAAUUUGGUGCGCAUAUUGAAAAAUCUUCUUAUGAGCGGUUACUCGCCGGAGCAUGAUGUUACGGGUAUCAGCGAUCCAUUCCUUCAGAUCAAAAUUCUAAAAUUAUUGCGCAUUUUGGGUCGCGAUGAUGCAAAAGCAAGCGAAGAAAUGAACGAUAUUUUGGCACAGGUAGCAACAAAUACGGAAACAUCAAAAAAUGUUGGCAAUGCUAUCCUGUAUGAAACUGUGCUGACGAUUAUGGAAAUUCGAAGUGAAAGUGGCCUUCGCGUUCUCGCAGUCAACAUUCUUGGACGAUUUCUUUUGAAUCCGGACAAGAAUAUUCGAUAUGUUGCGCUGAAUACUCUGCUGAAGACGGUCGCAGUUGAUUACAAUGCAGUACAGAGGCAUCGAACGACAGUUGUAGAUUGCUUGAAAGAUCCCGAUGUAUCAAUCAGAAGGUAA